UAAGUGAGCGAAGUUGCCUGAUCUCUGGACUGUUAAGUGGAAAGUCGUAGGUUCGUUGUAAAUUUGUCUGUCAGAUAGGUUAAAUAAUUAGAUCGAGUAAACAAAAUAAUAUUAAUGCCGUGUGACGUCACUUAUUUGUACACUCUUUACCAAUAAGUGACGUUAUUAGCGUAAGUUUCACUCCCUUAUGUUUCAGCAACUUUGGUACUUUUUAUCUGCGUUAUGUUUUAUUGAUACAAUAAUCAAAAGAAAAAUAAUUAUUCAAUAUUUUUAGUUAUCUAAGAAUAAUCAAUCUUUAUUAUAUCCGUAUAUCUAGUAUGUCCAUAAUGUACUCUCAUUUGAGCCUAUAAUAAAUGGUCUUCGCAAAAAUGCUUUUUACACACAACAACACAUUAAUAAAAUCUCAUCUUUUUGUUACAGAUUCCUGCCUUCACCAUCCAUUUCAAACUAAUCUCCAACCUGUCAACAUUCCCGCCAAAAUGAUCUGUCAAUUGUUCCACAGAUAAAAAAUAGAACUGACGUAAAUAAGGACGUUCCGUUUCACGUUAAUUUCGCAGCCAAAAAUACAAUAUGAGUUUUAGAAGUUAGUCGGUUUGGAAAAUAAGUUUUCAAAAUGGCGACCCCUCCCGAGUCUCCGGUGGAAGAGCAUGCCUAUGAGUUGGAGCCAAGUCGGACGCCGAAGCCUAUUCCUGUUGCUUUAGAAGAAUUAUGUCGGCAGACGAAAUUUUCGAAACAAGAGAUUCGAGUAAUGUACAGGGGGUUUAAAACGGAAUGCCCGGAAGGCGUCGUUCAAGAGGAAUCUUUCAAAGACAUCUACGCGAAGUUCUUUCCCCAUGGCAAUUCAGCUCUCUACGCACACUACGUUUUCAAAGCCUUCGACGUUAACUGCAGUGGCGCAAUCAGUUUCAGAGAGCUCCUAGUAACCCUCUCUACGCUUCUCCGCGGGUCAGUCUACGAGCGUCUCCGCUGGGCGUUCCGGUUGUAUGACGUGGACGGUGAUGGUGCUAUCACCAGGCAGGAGCUGGCGGAGGUGGUGGUGGCCGUGCACGAGCUCCUCGGCAGGAGGGCGCCUCCGGGCUCGCCGGCUGCCAGGCUGGACGAUGCUAAGGCUAAUGAGCAGGUGGAUCGCGUCUUCAGGAAGCUGGACUUGAACCAGGACGGUGUGAUAACAAUUGAGGAGUUUCUCGAGUCGUGCCUCAAGGAUGACGUUAUAACUCGCUCGCUUCAGAUGUUUGACACCGGGCUAUGACGGCAGACUGAUGCAGAGCAUGCGCGCACACCCGCCAGGACGGUAGCGAAGCGCCUGGUGCCAGUCCGCUGCGCGUGCCCGCGCGGCGUGCUGGGCGCGGCGGCCGCGUGGCUGCGCGCGCGCCGCCUCGCGCACUACGUCGCCGCGCUCGACCACUUCUACGGGCAAGUCGUGCGCCCGCGAGUGCGGAGCGUUUUGCUUCUGCACUUCUAGGCGAGGCUUCUGAUU